AUGCUCCGAAAAGUAGUCCGUGCGCGAUCUAACUCACUUGUUGAGAGGCAAAGAGAUGUGGAUGCUCCUUUUAGAAAUUUGAGUUAUUUGUACCAGUCGAAGAUUGGAAGUCGAUCUGGGCAGUCUGCUCAUCCAUCCAACCAUCAUGUUUCAACUGUUGAGUCACGAGCAGUCAAGCAUGGAGUGGAUUCAUUGUCGCCAAUUCCUUUGGAAGUGAGGUUGACAGAGGCUAAGAAAGCAAGAGAGUCAUUUGCCUGGGCGAAGGGCUCUUCUGCAACGUCAGCAGCUGAUCUCAAGGUGGACAAGUCCACCCUUGCAGAGGAUGCAGGCGUGUCUGAUCUGCUAAAGACGAACUUUCUGUCAAGUCCAUCCACUUGUGCUGAGCUGGUUCAUCAAAUCUGUCAGGCUGGCGAUCUUGACGUGGAGGAUCAGGCAGGUGGAGCUGCUGAGAGUGUGGCUGAUCAGACGGACGCUGAAGUGGCUGCAGAUCAGGGAUCUCCUGCUGGCGUCUCAGAGUAG